AUUAAAUUGGACAUGUAAGUAUAUUAGAUUUGCAAAAAAUUACUAGGUUUAAAUCCUUUUGUUGUAAAAUGAAAAACAUAAAAGUUUUUUAUUAGGUAUAUGGUUUUGCUUAGAAAUACCAGAGAAAUUUUGGGUAUGCAAAUACAUAUUCUUCUUAACAUUUGAUUCAGCUGAUUCAAAUCUUUGGAGUCAUGUAAUUCAGCAGAAUCUCUUGUAGACAUUUCUAUGCUUUUGGCAAUGGCUAAAGCAUUUUCCAGAGUUAGUUUUUUAAUUUCUAAUAAUGGACUCUAAAUAUCUUGUGACCGAAGACCAAAAGCAAACUGUAAGUUUUCCAUAAAUACCUACCUAGUUUCUAGUUUUCAAAAUUGCAUGUUGUAGAUAAUUUUCAUAGAGCUGUUAAAUAUUCUUAUACCUUUUCAACAUCUUGUCGUUUUCCUUGUGUGAUGUAGUAAAAUGUCAACAGUAAGUUGAAACGUUAUGUCAUCAGGGGUUUUCCAGGUAAACUUGUAUUGCAAAAUCCAAUUACGAAAUUAUUGAUUGCUUUAUUGUUUGGUAUUUCCAAUUUUGGAAAAAUAUUCCAAUCAUUCCAAGAGAUAACCGUUUAUCAUUCACAAAUCAAACAAAACACAUUUGCGAUAAAUUAUUAUCUGCGAUAUUCGCAUGUCAUGCCACAUGCCACCGUUAUCGAAUAAAAAAUCAUAUAUAAAAGUAUUUUGACUUAUUGCUAGUGAUUAUUUUAUAUGAGAAUAUUUUUACCUUAAAAUAUUUUAUUUUUCCAAAAAUAGUACUUGAAAAUGAUAGCGUCUCCUUCAUUGCCUAUGAUAUAUUUUGGUGGGUUUUGUGUACUUCUUAUCAGAUGCGAAGGACAUGCGACAGACCCAGUUGUUGAAAUUCAACAAGGAAAAUUGAAAGGUAUCAUCGGUACAAACUAUGAUGGAAAACCAUUUUAUGAAUUCUUGGGAAUUCCGUACGCCAAGCCGCCUGUGGAAGAAUUGCGAUUCCAGCCACCCGAACCAGCUCAAAGUUGGACAGGAAUUCGCAACGCCAAUAAAACUGGCGAUAUAUGCAUUUCCACAUAUGAUUUUGGUUCGCAGACAGUAGGCUCAGAAGAUUGUCUGUAUUUAAAUGUUUAUACAAGAAAUUUACCCGAAUCUAACUCGCGCCUCAAACCUGUAAUGGUGUUCAUUUAUGGAGGAGGCUUAACAGUUGGUUCCAGUGGCCCCGACGUUUAUGGACCCGAUUUCUUCAUGCUGAAAGAUAUAGUAUUAGUAACUUUCAACUAUCGUUUAGGCGUUCUUGGAUUUCUUAGCUUUGAUGACCCUUCACUAGGCGUUUUUGGUAACAUGGGCCUAAAAGAUCAAAAUUUGGCCCUCAAAUGGAUAAAGAAAAACAUUCGAAAGUUUAACGGAGAUCCAGAUAACGUUACGAUUUUCGGUGAGAGCUCAGGCUCGGCAUCCGUCCACACUCACAUUUUGUCACCAGCUUCCAGAGGUUUAUUUCACAAAGCCAUAAUGCAAAGCGGAUGUUCUUUGAAUACCUGGUUUUGGGGUAGAAAAAAUAACGCAAUAGAAGUUGUAGCAAAAGCUGGGAAAAAAGCCAGUACUAAUCGAGAAGCUUUAGAUAUUUUGAAAAAUCUUACAGCUCUGGAAAUUUUUACAGCUCAACAGUUAGUUGUAGAUAAUACAUAUCCAGCAGGCGAACGACCAUUUUCGGCUGUAAUAGAAGUACCAAAUGACAGGCCAUUUCUGACUGAAAAUCCAAUAAAACUUAUCAAAGACGGAGCGUAUAACCAAGUGCCGAUUAUUAUGGGUUACGUUGAAAAUGAGGGCAUGAUAUUUGACCUAGACAUAGAAGCAGCUGAAAAGCUCGGAUUAAUUUUUCCAAAUUUUAAUUUCGAAAAUAUGAUACCCUAUCAACUAGAUAUACCGAAAGGAAGUGAUGAUAGCAAGGCAAUUGUUGCUAAACUAAGUCAGCUUUAUUCUGGAAAACCCGCUAGUGCUCGAUAUGAUCCCUUAACUGACAGCUACGUUCUUGCCGAAGUGAUUGAAGCUCUAAAAUACCACUUGGAAAACUCUUUAAAUCCCAUAUACGUCUACCGUGUUUCAUUGGCAGGCAAACUAAAUCGAGUAAAAUUACUUAUGAAUCGUACGGAUGAACCAGGGACAUGUCAUGGUGACGAAUUGGGCUAUCAGUUUUCCUCAAUUAUUACCCCAACAGUCGAACCAGGAAGUUUAGAAGAUAGAUCGAUACGAACAUUCGCUGAACUAUGGGUUAACUUUGCUACUUAUGGAAAUCCGACACCACAUUCAAACAAAUUGUGGAAACCUGUGAAAAUGAAUCAACCAAUCCAAGUUUUCGAUAUUGGGCAGACAACUGGAAUGAUAAAUAUUCCAGAAAGGGAACGGCUAGAUGUAUGGGGGAAGAUAUUCCAGAAAUGGCCUAUUGUUCGUUUCUAAAGCAAUUUAACUUUUCUGUUUGUAUCUAAACAUGCCUACUUAUAAGCUCUAUUUUUUAAUAAAUGAAUGCUAACAUUUGGCA